GUACAAAGGCCCCUCAAAGAAGGAUUUUCCUUAGAGGAAAAUGUCAAAGAGGAGAAACAAAAGAGCUGGCCAUCAAGUGCCAGAAGAAAAGGGGGAAUGUCCGAAUGCAAAGGAGGAUGAGAAUCAAGACGGAAUGAAGAACCUGGGAGGAAAACUAGUAGAUGAGAAGAUGGAUGGACCCAUUGCUUGUCCAGAGGAAGUCCAAGACCAUCAGAAAACUCCCACAGGAGAGGAGAGCGAUGAGUACUCCAAGUGUGGGAAAACCUGUGCACAUAAAAUGGCACUUGAUUGCCAUGGGAAGAUUGACAAAGACGAGAAACCAUUUACAUGCCUGGACUGUGGAGAGAGUUUCAGUCGUUCUGCAAACCUUGUUAAACACCUCAGUAUUCACACAGGUGAGAAGCCGUUUGAAUGCCUGGAGUGUGGAAAAAGCUUUAGAGUAAGGGAAAGUCUUACAACCCAUGAAAGAAUUCACUCAGGGGAUAAGCCAUUUAAAUGUCUAGAAUGUGGAAAAAGCUUCAAUCAACGUGCAAACCUUGCUACCCAUCACAGGACCCACACAGGCGAGAAGCCCUUUGAAUGCCAGGAGUGUGGGAAAACCUUCAGAGUGAGGGAACAUCUUACAACCCAUGAAAGAAUUCACUCAGGGGAGAAGCCAUAUACGUGCCUGGAGUGUGGAAAGAGUUUCAGUCGAAGUGGAAGCUUUGCUAGACAUCACAGGACACACAUAGGCGAGAAGCCCUUUGAAUGCUUGGAGUGUGGGAAAACCUUCAGAAUGAGAGAAAGUCUUAUAACCCAUGAAAGAAUCCACUCAGGAGAGAAGCCUUUUACGUGCUUGGAGUGUGGGAAGAGUUUCAGUCAACAUGCACACCUUGCUACCCAUCACAGGACCCACACGGGCCAGAAACCCUUUGAAUGCCUAGAAUGUGGGAAAACGUUUGGACAGAGAGCACAUCUUAUAACCCACGAAGGAAUCCACACAGGGGAGAAGCCGUUUAAAUGUCUGGAGUGCGGAAAAACUUUCAAAUCCACUUUCAGCCAGAGUUCAAGCUUGAAUUUCCAUCAUAGAAUCCACACAGGGGAGAAACCAUUUGAAUGUACGGAAUGCGGAAAAACCUUUAGAUUCAGUCGGAGCGGUCUCGCCUUGCACCGAAGCGUGCACACUGGGGAGAAGCCAUAUAAAUGUUUGGAGUGCGGAAAGACCUUCAGCCAGAAGUCAGGUUUAAAUUCCCAUCAGAGAAUUCACACAGGGGAGAAGCCCUUUGAAUGCCUGGAGUGUGGGAAACACUUCAGAGUGAAAGAUAUUCUUACAGCUCAUCAAAGAAUUCACUCAGGGGAGAAGCCAUUUAAAUGUCUGGAGUGUGGAAAGAGUUUCAGCCAGAACGCAAACCUGAAAACCCACCAGAGUACCCACAAAGAGGGGAAGCCAUUUGAGUGCAAGGAAUGUGGAAAAUGCUUUAGAUUGAAAGAUUCCCUUCUUAGCCAUCAAAGCGUUCAUUCAAGAGAGAAGCCUUUUAAAUGUCUGGAGUGCGGAAAGGCUUUCCGUUUGAAGGCAAGCCUUUCUUCACAUAACAAGAUCCACAAAGGCGAGAAGCCCUUUGAAUGCCAAGAGUGUGGGAAGACCUUCAGCCAAAAAAGUAACCUUAUUUCCCAUAAAAUAAUUCACACUGGGGAGAAACCAUAUAAAUGUCUGGAGUGUGGGAAGACUUUUGUGCAACGUUUCCCCCUUAUUAUUCACACAAGGAUUCACACAGGAGAAAAGCCGCAUAAAUGUCUGGAGUGUGGGAAGAGCUUCAUACGUGGUGGAGAUCUUGUUAAACAUAAGCGCACCCACACGGGGGAGAAACCCUUUAAGUGUAAUGAGUGUGGAAAGUGCUUCAUUACAAAGUCAGCACUUACUAGCCAUCAAAUAAUCCACACAGGAGAGAAACCAUUUAAAUGUCCGGAGUGUGGAAAGGCCUUCAAACGAAAGGAAGAAUUGAAGAUGCACCAUGCAACUCAUAUCGCGGAGAAAUGUUAUAAAUGCUUUGAAUGUGGAAAAAGCUUAAAGUCAGCCCAGACCCUUAGACAACACCAAAGAGUCCAUACAGGGGAGAAACCCUUUAAGUGUCAGGAAUGUGGAAAGAGCUUCAGUGAGAGUGGUAAGCUGACUAUGCACUCCCGAAUCCACACAGGGGAGAAACCUUAUAAAUGCCUGGAGUGUGGAAAGAACUUCAGUCAAAGGAAGAGCCUUCGUUCCCAUGAAAUGGUUCACAAAGGAGAGAAGCCCUUCAAAUGCAUGGAGUGUGGGAAAAGCUUCCUUUCAGGUGGAAGUCUCAAUAAACACCACAAAAUCCACACCAAGUAGAGAGCAUUUUACUAUCAAACAUUCUUGCUCGAAAUAAAUGACAGUAGUGUUCCCAAUACGGUGAAAAGGGGUUUUCUAAAACUGGUGUCAGGGACAUCUUCAAAUGGACUUCUGUACCC